AUGGGCACGACGAAAAGUCGUAAAUCUAGGCGUAACAAUUCGAGACCAACUGCCUUUUCUUUUUUAUCCAACAUUUCCUUGGGCAACGAACAACAACAACAACAACCAGCUGAUCGACAAGUUAUCUCUUCUGCCAUUGUCAGUCCCGUUUCUUUGGAAUCCAACCAUGCCAAAAGCCUUGAAUCCAUUCAUAACGACCAUGACACAACAACAACAACCCAUGCCAUCCAUUCUCAAGUUGUUGGAUCGCUGCACUCUACCGAUAGCAACCAUGGUUCAGAAGAACAUGUAUUUUCCGGAGCAGCAGCUACGCACGGCAUACCAUGCUCAUCCACCGCUGCGCCACCAUCUAUGGCAACCACGCCAUCCGUUAUGACAACGGCAGCAGCAGCAGCUUCAGCAGCAGCAGCACCAGGAUCACUCCUAAGUCAACAAUUGAAGGAACACCACAAAGUGGCGAUGCCAUCUCGUCGCCGAUGGUCGGUCGAUGAAGACGAUGUACAACAUCAUAAAUUGACUCGAGAGGACAGCGAACGUCCCAUUGCAUCGGAAAAGAUCAAAAAGAAAUCACAUCAUGCCGAUAAGGAGAACUAUCAUGGCGGUCUCCUCUCAGUCGUACGCUAUUACACUGACAAAAUCCGUUUCCCUGCUGGUAAACGCAAGGCAGCUGAAGAAUCCAUCAAUCGAGGUUAUCUACAUCAGCAAUUGGCCAAUCAUGAUAGCAACAAACGCCGACAUGCACUUUCUUAUGCACAUUUCUUGGCACCUUCCUUUUCCUUGGAACAAGAUGCAAGUCGCUGCAAUAGCACGUACGAUGCUUAUUUCCUCGACAAUGAUACAUACAACCGAUUCGGUCUUUUAUCUAGCUCUCAGGGUACAACGACUGCGGCUGCAGGGAGCCAUAUGCGACCUUCGGAUAUGAAACGCGAGUUGAAUGAACAAUUUCGUUUGAAACAUCCCGAAAUAUCACCCGAGAUCACCUUGAGCAAGAUCCGUGCUAUCAAGUUACAUUUGCUUGAAAUUGCAAAAACGGUCGAUUUGGAGAUUUCCAGUGUGGCCCAUGCAUUUGCCUACUUUGAAAAAUUGGUCAUGAAGAAUGUGGUCACCAAAAAGAAUCGAAAGUUGAUUGCAGCAUGCUGCUUAUUUUUAGCCACCAAAGCGAAUGAAGCAAAAGGAACAUGGUUUGAACCAUUAUUCGAGGCCAUUGAUGAUGAAUUGGAUGUGGAUUCAAAAGAAGUGCGUGAUCACGAGUUUGCUGUGUUUGCCGAUCUUGAAUUCAACUUGUACAUUCCGACAAGCGAAUUUAUGCCGCACUUUGAAAGGAUAUUCCAAGCCAUGGAUUACAAGAGUGUGGAAGAAUACCUUGGUAGUUCGUCAUUCUACAAGGUGGAUCAAUCAACAAAAGGAACAGCCAUGCAUUACAGCUCAAAACCAACAGCUAUUCAUGGGAUCCAUUCAUUCAGCAGCAGUAGUAGCAGCAGCAGUAGUAAUAGUAGUAUUGAAUAG